GGCGCACACGUGCCGGGAAGUGUUUCCGCCUGUACUCUGAGGCCAUAUUCACUGGGCUGCUGCCACCAGUGACUGUGCCUGAGAUACAACGCAUGAACCUGUCGACUGUGAUCCUGUACAUCAAGUGCUGCGGUGUGAGUGAUGUGGUGGGCUUCGAACUCCUUGACCCACCCACUACACUGGCGACCCGGGAGGCGAUGCGGGAUCUCAUUGUGUUUG